UUGGUUAGUGAAGUGUCAAUUGUGGGUGAAUUCGAAACCGAGAAAUGGAGGGGACAUCGGAAUGAGGUGUCAGUUGCUAGUUGGUGAAAUGUAGACUGAUCGCCUGGGUUACUGUUUCGAACCCAACAUCUGCCCCAUGCACGUUUACUCUGGAAAGACGGGGAGAAACAUUGUCCUGUGAGAAUGUUGGAACAAGAAUGGCGUUGGUGUUGGAUUUUGGAUUUUUAAUGGACUGUAGUAGCCAUUUUUUUCUGCUUUUGUAUUCAGGUCAAAAGAGUCAGUCAAGCAAAUCCCUCUCUCACUACCCCACAAGAAAGUGAAAUUACACACUAAUUGUCUCCUUUGAUUCUUUUCUUUUCCUACUCAAAUCUCCAUCUCUCUUAUUCCUAAAUCAGUUUGGUGGGGCACUCUAUGUUUCUUUUGUCAGGAUUCUCUUGCUCGACAACAAGGACUAGAAAGAAAGAAUUACAUGGAAGCCCCACAUAUCAAUAAAAAAUAAAGAAAUCAAAGCUUAGAAUCUGCCUCACUCGCUCAUCUACAACAUCUAUAAGGGGAACCAUUCUCCUUAGUUUUGCUUUCUCAAACUGAAACCAAAUAAACCAUCAGUCAUGGCUAGAGCUUCUCAAGACGAUUCCUCCUCCAAGAGGCACUUUCACUGGACUAAAAAGAUUGGAACUGAAAAUGAUGAAGUUCCAACCUUUAAGUCCUCCUCAAACUCCAUUAAGGAAGACAAAAAGGAAAAUGCCAGGAGCCAUGCUGCUUUGCUAACUCCAAAGAAGAAGCUGCCAGCAGUAGCAGUUGCUAGGCUUCGCUCUGUUCUUUCAGCCUUUGGUAAGAAUCGAUCUAAUCUGCCACUGGGGCUUGGACCCCGGGUGGUUGGUACCCUUUUUGGCUACCGCCGUGGGCAUGUUCAUUUUGCAUUUCAAAGGGAUCCCAAUUCGACUCCAGCUUUUCUUAUAGAACUUGCUACACCAAUUAGUGUAUUGGUUCGAGAAAUGGCAUCUGGGUUAGUGAGAAUUGCAUUGGAGUGUGACAAGGAGAAAGAAGAGGAAAAGAAUAAAGCAGUGAGAUUGCUGGAAGAGCCUAUAUGGAGGACUUACUGUAAUGGCAAGAAAUGUGGUUUUGCAACAAGGAGGGAAUGUGGGCCUAAAGAAUGGAAGGUGUUGAAAGCUGUGGAGCCAAUUUCAAUGGGAGCUGGUGUUUUGCCAGGGAUUGCAGGUGACCCUGGAGCUGAUGGUGAACUCAUGUACAUGAGGGCCAAGUUUGAAAGAAUUGUUGGGUCUAGAGAUUCUGAGGCUUUCUACAUGAUGAAUCCUGACAGCAAUGGAGCUCCAGAGCUCAGUAUCUAUUUGCUUAGAGUCUAAACUUUAAGUUACUUGCAUAUUCCUUUCUUUUUUAAUUAUUUAUAGUGAUAUUGGAACAGGAAGCUAGUCAUACAUGUUAAGCUCUUGAAGAACCAUGAAAAUGGAGUCUACCACUGUCCAAGUUUUCUGUUAUGUUUCUUUUUUUUUUCUUUUCUCCUUUUGAGAAAAUGGGUAAGUGGGCUUUACUUGUAUUUUGUUAGUUGUAGGUGGAGGGGCAAAUACAUUAGAACAUGAGGGAUAGGUGGGGUCAUGAAGGUGUAUAUGUAUAGUAUUUUUUUUUUCCCCUUUUCUUUAAUCCCCAAGUGAGUGAUGAGACAAGGAGGGCUAAUGCAAUCAUGAAUGUCUUCUCAUUUUCUUUAA